GUAAGUGAAGCCUGAGGCCUAAGGGUUUAUUCUCUGCCUGAUCGCGCAGAGGCUUCCUCCCCCCUCCGGGGGCAGCUCCCAGUGUGGGCCCGCUCUCUCUCUCUCCGGAUGGAUGUUCAGGGCGGGAAAGGUCCCGCUUUCCUCGCCAGGGGGCCGAUUAUGAGCGGGGAUCCCGAGCAGAGCGCGCACCUUGAUGGACUGACUGCAGGAAGACGAGCUGAAACAUGGGCUGCAGAUCAGGUGCCUGGAGACACAAAAGUGUCCUUAACGUUUUCUGUCUAAUUUAAACACGACUGUUUCCCAACUUUACACCUUCCUGCCGGCCAAUCAGAGGAGGCGAUGUGUACAGAGAUCUUCACUGCAACUCCCCGGAAGGUGUAUUCUCGCCUGGAAAUUAUCUUAUGAGGGGGUGGGGAGUAUACCUCGCAGGCCUGCGAGAAGGGUUGAGGCUGUUGGAGACAGACCUGUGAAGAACAAACGAGCAAAUCAUCUUGGUAACUAUAUUCUCCCAGGAGCAGACUCGAGGAGACUUUGAAUUAACAGAUUCUGGAAGAGAAGUCUCCUUCGAGGGCACCCAUUCCCCAUCCCCUAUAGUGCAGAGCUCCCACACUUAUUAGCAAACUCAGCCUAACACUGCCCUGCCCUGCACUUAAUGCUCCCGCCCCAGGUUCAAACCUGCUGACUGGAAUCCAUUGUGUGGGAAGAGGGCAGGUGUGGGGAAAAGGGACAUUUUCACAACGAACCAAUAAAUGCCUUUCAGCAGCUGGUGCAUCCUACAUACCGCUCCACCCCUUAUCUAUGUGCACGGACUCCUGAGGAGGAGGAGGAGGAGGAGGAAGGACAGUUGUUGCCUCUGACGGAUGCUGCAGUUUGAUAUCUGACAACAGCAUCGAUGUUUACAGUGUCUCUGCACUUUCCCUCGAUUUGACUUGGAACACUUGAAUGAGUAAUCGGCAGAGUUGCUUUUGUGUUCUCCUUUUGCUUGAUAUCCACAAGGACAAGAGCCAAGGAGCCAGGGAAAUGGUUAAAUACCAACACUGAGUUUUGGCUUCAGGAAGGACGACACCAUUGUAGCAGGAUCCAGCGCUACCAUGGCAAGUGCCAUUCCGUCUUGACUCCUAAGGAUAUGUGACAAGGCAACGGAGCAGGAGUCCUUUCCUUUCACUUGGUUCUGACUGUGGUGACUCGGCCCCUAGUUUUUGGCUUCGGAGAUAAAUAGCCCCCCCCCCCCCCCCCCACCGGUCUUCAGUUCCCCCCACCCCGGGCUCUGGGGUGUGAACAAACAUGGCAGAACACAGCGAGCUCCUGGCGGAGCAGCCGUUAGUGGGGCGAAUGACCACUCAGGAACGGCUCAAGCACGCUCACAAACGGCGAGCACAGCAGCUGAAGAAGUGGGCGCAGUUUGAGAAGGAGACGCAAGGCAAAAAAGCGAAGCUGGACAAAAGAAGAAGCAACAAGGUGGUGAAGAGGAUCCGGUUCCCCGAUAAUGUCCAAUUGCUGGAGGCAGCAUCAAGGAAUGACGUGGAGGAAGUUCGGCAAUUAUUGGAGAUCGGAGUAGGCCCAGACUUGUAUAAUGAGGAUGGUUUGACUGCACUGCAUCAGUGCUGUAUCGAUGACUAUGAAGACAUUGUGAAGUUGCUGCUUGAAGCUAAAGCCAACGUGAAUGCGUGUGACAGUGAGCUGUGGACUCCACUACAUGCAGCUGCCACCUGUGGACACUUACACCUCGUGCAACAGCUGAUUCAACAUGGUGCUAAUCUCAUGGCCGUCAAUGCUGAUGGGAACAUGCCUUACGACUUGUGUGAGGAUGAUGUCACCUUGGACUACAUCGAGAGCGCAAUGGCCCAACAAGCAGAUAUCACUCAGGAAAAAAUUGAUGAAGCACGAAUGGCCACGGAGAGGUGGAUGAUAAAAGACAUCAGGCGGCUGCUGGAGACCGAGGUGGACCUGAAUAGCCAGAAUGAUGUGGGCACUUGUCUGCUCCAUAUCGCUGCAGCAAAUGGCUACACAGAAGCUGCUCAACUGUUGCUGGGGCACAAAGCUAAAGUGGAUCUAAAGGAUGCUGAUGGUUGGGAACCACUGCACGCUGCAGCAUGUUGGGGACAGGUUCACAUGGUGGAACUGUUGGUGGGUCAUGGAGCAAACCUGAAUGCCAGAUCUUUCCUGGAUGAGACUCCAAUAGAUGUGUGUGGGGAUGAAGAGGUUCGGAAUAAGAUGCUGGAACUGAAACACAAGCACGAUGCAAUCAUGAAAUCACACGACAAGCACAAGACAGCCUUACAGAGGCGAACAUCCAGUACAGGGAGCAGAGGAAAGGUUGUGCGUAAGGUUAGUGUGACGGAGCGGAACAAUAUGUACCGGAAGGAGCACAAGGAGGAGGCCAUUGCCUGGCAACAGGUGGGCAGCAAGGAGAGUGACCCUGAGCUACAGGAUGAAGAGGAUGAGGAUGCACAGACUGACUCCGAACUCAAGCAAUAUGAAUUGACCCUUACGGCCAGGGUGGUGGAGGGAGAGGCGGAUCCCUGUGAGGGGAGCUGGGCCAGCGGCGAGCCCACCGUGAGGAAUGGUUCAGCGGUCGCAGCCUCCGGCUGGCUGCCUUCUGAUUCGGCCCCGGAGCAGGACGCCAGGAAGCCGGAUCAGGACUGGCCCUACCAGCUGUCCCCCAGAGAGGAGGAUUCCUCCGACCUGAGCAAGGAGAAAUCUCACCACACGCUGGCCGACCUGAAGCGGCAGCGGGCAGCGGCCAAGCUCCACAAGCAGCUGCCCCCCGAGGAGCACUCGGCAAGCGACGCAGCCGACAGCCUGCCCCAACCUCUGACCCCUACCCUGCCCCAACACAACUCGGUCUACUUCACUCCGGCCAGCGGGGACCCCCCGCUGGUCAAGUUCAAAGCCCCGGUGGAGGAGGCUCCGAGUGAGAAACACAGGAGGUGCUGUAAAAUGAUGUGAAGCAGCAAAGCUGCCAGAUCCUGGCCUGUCACCAUGACCGGGGGGGUGGCGGCGGUGGGGGGACCCAGGGCGGACAACCUGUCCCGAGAGGGACCUGGAGAAACUGCAUUUCAACUUCACGUUUUGGGAGCCCCUCUCCCUCGCUGACCCACACCGUUCUCGUCUUCAAAUACUGAGGCCCCUCUUAUAGUUUGUGUCUGGGGCCGGGGGUGGGGGGCAAAGGUUUUGUGUCUGGAAACCCACUGUCCCCACACCCCUGCUCAACACCAGCAGCUCACAACUGCCAGAAGCAAAAAAAAAAACACUCAAACGACCCAACGA